AUUGCAUUUUCAUGUGGAGUCCAUAAUUAUGAUAUAGUUGACACGAGCAGCGGAAGAUGUGAGGCUCAUAAUUAACUUUUUCAAUUGUGGUGAGCUAGUUAGCUAGUUUCACUUCAUACUUGACUUAAUUUCAUUCUCUCUGUCUCUCUCUCUCUUUACGGGGGUUAGGUCUGGAUCUCGGCCCCCCCCCCUCACUGGACGAGGCAGCGAACACAUUGAUGACUCGUCUCGGCUUCCUACUCGGAGAAAAAGUGAGCGAGGGGUCUCAAGGGCCGCAGUACAGCAUGGAUGAGCCUGAUGACUCACAGGGUUUAGGAGUGAGCGGGAGGAUGAGUCCGUGCUCCACUCUGACCAGCAGCACCGCCUCGCCCCCCGCCUGCAGCCCCUGCUCCACCCUUCCUCCUGCUGCUCCGGGACAGGCCUUCAGCAGCCCCACCUCCACCCUGGAGAGCAGAGACAGCGGCAUCAUCGCCACCCUGACCAGUUACUCGGAGCCGAUGGACAGGAGAGGGAAGCACGGGGAUGGCUCUCGAGGCAGCAGCCUGAAACUCUGGCACUCGCACAGAUCCACUCUGGACUCCAGUCUGUACCGCGUGGAUGAGAACAUGACCGCCUCCACCUACAGCCUCAACAAGAUCCCCGAGCCCGGCUCCGCCCACUGCUCCACUCACUCCGCCCCCCUCUACAUCAUGCCCCGCCCCAACUCAGUGGCAGCCACCAGCUCGGCUCAUCUGGAGGACCUGGUGUACCUGGAUGAUCAGAGACACGCUCCGCUGCGCAUGACACGACAGAACACGGCCGGGCAGGACCUGCGAGUGCGGUUCGCUCCGUACAGACUGCAGGACAUCGCUCUGAAGCCGCUGCUGUUCGAGGUGCCCAGCAUCACCAUGGACACUGUGUUCACUGGCCGUGAUUGGCUCUUCCAGGAGGUCGACGCCUACCUGCGCCCCGCCCACUCUUCCACCAAUCGCGGCGUGGUUCUGGUGGGCAGCAUUGGCUACGGCAAAACCGCCAUCAUCUCGCGCCUCGUGGCUCUCAGCUGCCAUGGAAACCGCAUGCGACAGAUCGCCUCCGACAGCCCACAGGCGUCUCCGAAGCAUGGAGAGGGCAUCCCUCUCACACAGCCGCAGACUUCCCAUGGUACACUGGGAGGAGGAAGUUGCCCUGGAACUCCGGAAAUGAGGAGGAGGCAGGAGGAGGCCAUGAGGAGGCUUGCAUCACAGGUACACACAUACACACACACAAUAUUCAAUUACUACAGAAAUGGAUGA